AUGUUGCUUCGACGGAGCAAGAGCGGUGAUCUUGGCAAAGGCAGCAAGAAGGCUCAAGCCCUUAGAGAGGCUGAGCUGGAGCGCCAGCGUCAAGCGGCUGCGCGAGUUCCUCCUAAGCUGCCCGAAUUCGCCAAUAAUACCGAAAAAUUGUCCAAUACCUUUCCGCGGGAGCUGCAACCGUCUGAGUUGACUUACAGUCUUUCCAAUUCGAGUUCAGGUGGUUAUUAUGUGCGCGCCUCCAAUGAACCUCGCAAUUACAUAUCAAACGCUGCUCCGCCAGUGCCGCCGAUUCCGAACAACGCCUUCGACCCUUAUGCUCGAACUGAGAGCAUGACUCACCGUGGACGGUACAGCUAUGCCAGCAGUGCUAUUAGCUCCAUCAACAGCCCUAGGAGGGUUCGAAGAAGAAAGGAUCCGACUCCAUUCAAUAUCCUAGUCAUUGGAACCCCUGGCGCCGGCAAGACCUCCUUUCUCGAAUUUCUCAAGACUGCACUCGCUCUUCCGCCUAGAAAGCGACCUAAGAAGACUGACGACGAUGACUUUAACAUUCCAGCUCCGGCAUCGGGAAACUUUGUCCCCCACUUCAUGGAAACUGAGAUUGAUAACGAGCGGAUUGGAUUAACUUUGUGGGAUUCGGAAGGCAUUGAAAAGAACCUGGUGGAUUUGCAAUUGAGGGAGCUGAGCGCUUUUCUCGAGAGCAGGUUCGAGGAGACGUUUGCAGAGGAGAUGAAGGUUGUGCGAUCCCCCGGUGUUCAGGACAGCCACAUUCACGCCGUCUUCUUGAUUUUGGAUCCCUUCCGUCUCGAUCGUAAUAUUGCCGCCUCCCGAAACAGAGCGACUGGUCACCAAGGCAAUGAUUCACGCACUCGGGCGGCGUCUGGCGCCCUUGACGACGACCUCGACCUCCAAAUCUUGCGCAGUCUCCACCGCAAGACCACUGUGAUUCCAGUUAUUGCCAAAGCAGACACCAUCACCACCAAGCAUAUGAAUGUGCUAAAGAAAUCCGUUUGGGACAGCAUCAAGAAAGCUGACCUGGACCCGCUUGAGGCGCUCGGAUUGGAUGAGGACAGCGACAGGAUUGAUGAGGAGGAAGAAGAUGCGGCUGUUCCGGAUAUCAGUGAGCCAAAAGAUGCAAGCUCUUCUUUACCGAGUUCUCCAAACUCCAAGCGAUUGUCAAGCCAGUCCAUCCGUCGCCACAAAGCUCAAGAGGAGUCAAAGGAAGAUGAGAUCCCGUUCCUGCCCCUCUCCAUCAUUAGCCCUGAUUUGUACGAACCUGCUGUGAUCGGCCGCCAGUUCCCUUGGGGAUUUGCCGAUCCUUACAAUGAGCAGCAUUGCGACUUCACGCGUUUGAAGGAGGCAGUGUUCUCGGAUUGGCGAGGCGAGUUGCGUGAGGCCAGUCGAGAGCAAUGGUAUGAAGGAUGGCGAACGAAUCGUCUGAAGCUGCGAGACCUGCCCUAUCGUCAUCGAUAG